AUUUUGCUGCAUUAUUGUAGUAUUUUUGACAUUCUUCUAAUUAUGGAAUAUUUUUGUUUUAACUUUUUCUUUAACCUGCAGGAUAUUGUGAGGGAGAAUUGUAGUCCAGCACUGCAUAGUCUAUGCCAUUGACUGGAGUGCCAUGAAUUCUACUACAACUGGAGAUAUCUCAUCAUGACCCUCUUGGCAUGCAAGGAGAAACUACUGCAGCUGCUGGAUCCUCCGGUGGUCCCACCAGCCAGUCCUCAGCACGGUAUGAAAAGUUUUAAUUUUACGUUGAUCCCACUUUUAUGUCAUUUCUUACGGAGCAUGUCACGUGGAGGAUGCGGGUUUUUAUGUUUAUGUAGGCUCAUCGUAGCAAUGGAUUAUGUUGGUGCGGCUAUUAUCUAGAAUGAUAUGAACUUAAUUACAUGAACACUAAUUUGGUGGUUGUGUUGAAUGGGAAAUUUGCAGUGGAUGUUUAUUAUAUAAACUACAAGUUAUCCCACCUGGCGAUGUACGGAUGGUUAAUAAUGCUUUUUAGAGUAU